AUGAUGAUACGACAGUCAAAUAACCCAAGACUGUCAUCGUCGUCCCGACAUCACCCGUUAUCUUCUGAGGCGGAUGAUUCGUCAGAUCGAUUGGGUGGAGUUCGUCAAGCCGUUUCCGAGAUUGCCAAUACGGGGCUGAAAGAUACGGUGCAGGCCGGCGAUGUGAUCAUUGCCAAGGUGGAUUUGCCAGGACAACAAAUAUAUGCCAAUAAAGGAUAUCAAAUUGUUUCCAUCUACGAUCAAGUGGUUGACAAAGAAACGGGCCAAGUGGAGAAGUAUCUAGUGGAUCAGAUAGAAGACAUGACGGCCAUAAAAUCGGGAUCCUACACUCGGUAUUUGCAACUUCAGGUAAAUUCGGAACAAACAGCAAUUGUCACUCCGCAAGAAAUUGGGUUGGUGACACUCAAGGAUGAAUUGACGCUAUCCUUGUGGCUAGCCGUUCCUGGAUGCUUUUGGAUCGUGGUCGCUUGGAAUUUUGCACAUUAUUACAACGAGCGGUAUGGGGGGAACUUUAUGGAUGCCAUGUUUCGGACGUAG